AAACAAAACCAAAACCCACUUUCCUCCUCCCCUCCCACCACCCUUUUCUCCUUGCUGUCGAUCAUCGUCCUAAUGUUAACAUAACAACUUAAAUCUGCCAUUUUAGACCACGCAACUAAUUGAUUCUAAUCAGUUAUCCAUUUCGUACUUUUAAAGUACCAUUUUUAUAAAAUGGUAGUUUGUGCUGCAGCUAAAUGUUCCAAUUCCUCUCGCAUCAAGCAAAUGCGAUUCUUCAAAUUUCCGAGUGAAGAAGGACGAAGAAAAGUAUGGAAGGAAAAUUCGGGUUUGCAAAACGAACCCGGCGCUUACGCAAAAUUAUGCGAGAUACAUUUUGAAGAAACUCAAUUUGAGUUGCAUCGUCAAGAUGGUUGGCGAAAGUUAAAGCCAAAUGCUAUUCCCACAGUUUUCCCCGAACCUGUUGAAUCUUCCAGGAAGAAACGUAAAGAAAGAAUACCAAGUGAUUUGGAAACGAUAUAUGAUCCAAAUCCAGAACCUAAGGAGAAAAGAAGGAAGAAACAAAAGCGGGAUAGUUCCUCGAAGAAAAAAUCUAACUCGCAGACCAACAAUACUUCAUCAGAAGAAAAAGCACAAUCAUCACAAAAAGAAAAUGUUCACCCUAAACGACGUAAAGGGCGGCCUCGAAAGAUACCAACUCCUAUCCUUGAGUCAGAUUCUGAAACAGAAAUUGAAUCAGAAGCAGAGGAAGAAGAAGAAAAUGAGCGAGAGAAGCAAAUAGCUGUAUUAAAAAAGGAAAAUGAAUCAAUGCGGCAAGAAAUACAGGAAUUUGAAAAACACAACAAAGCAAUGAGCCGAGUUAUUUUAGAACUUGAAAAGCACAACAAAGCCAUGAGUUUUAGACUUCAAGAACUAGACAAAGACAAUAAAGUUAUGAGCAAAAAAUGUCAAGAUCUUGAAAAACAAAAUGAAGAUUUAAGAGCUAAGUUGAAUUGUUGUUUUUCUGAAGAACAAUAUGCUAGAAUGGAAAAACUAAUGGCUCUGGGCACAAUUGAGAGGUACAUACCAGCAAUUAAGUAAUUGUAUUUACUGAUUAUUGUUGUAAAGUAUGUUGAGUUUUCUCUUUUAUUUAGAAUUGGUUUUUUGAAUUUGUGUAAUGAACAAAGAAUGAUAUCAUGUUAAAUUAUUUUUACUCUGAAGUUUCAAUGGUUUGACCUCUUAUAUCCUAAAUAAUUUAUUCUUACUAUUAAUUUAGUAACACCAUUAGAGGCAAAAUCCUACACUCUCAGAAUAAACAUCCUUUUUUUUCUUUUUAGUUUUUUCCAAUACACGUGGAUUCUUGGUAGCCAAAAUAUACGCAAAUUGGAAUACCCACAUUCCGAUAGUUAAGCCAAGAAAUCAGUUAUAAGUAUAACCCUCUUAAUAUUAUUUGCGUAUUUAACCAUAUGUAUUUUAGAUAUUCAAAAACUUUUUGCACAUAAUUAUGAAGCUCUCAUCAAAAAAAAAGUUUCAUGCAAAAAAUGAUUUGAUGUUUUUAAUAAUGGUUAAGAAAGUUUUGAUUUGUAAGGUAUGCAAAUAUUUACAUUUUAAAAUAUGUAAUUUUAAAUUACGAAAUUUGAACAUGGUCGAUCCAAUAAUUCUUGUGAAAUGAAAUAUUAAAAGUUUGCCUUUUUUUAAACUCUCCGAGUUUCUCAAAUCUCCAACUUUUUUUUAAAACUUUUUGGAAACUCAAAAGCUAUUCAAUUUAGAUAGAUAUUGUUUUCAGAUAGAUAUUUUUUUGUUGUUCUUGUUGCCAAUUAAUUUAAAUUAAGAAAAUAAUUAACUAAAAUUAUAUGCAAUAGUUUUCCCUUUUUAUUGUUUACAUUUUCCUAAAAUUGCAAGAUUUCUUAUAACAGUAAUUAAAAACAUACAAAUAUGGCAAUAUAAUAUCUUAUCUGUUGCAUAAUUGAAACAAACUACAAUAACGUUGUGACUAUCAUAAUAUAAUGUAAAACCCAUUAUUAAAGCGUUAAGUAUUCUAGAGGUGCUUACAAUGUUUUGUAUUUAAAUUUGCAAGAUAAAACAAAUCUUGAAAUAAAACUGUUUACUUAAAAACUUCUGAAUGUAAUGAUCAUAUUGACUAACUUUCUAGCCAUUCUGACCCCAAAAUAGGGUCAUUAAAGGUUCAAAAUAUGGAAAUUGAGAUGUCCUUAAAAAGAAAAUGUUAGCAUUAAUAAUUAUUCUCUUAGCUUAUUUAUAUUUUAACAUUUUUUUGUACAGCAUUGAGGUAGGUUCCUUAAACUAGGGAGUUCACAUUUGAGGCUUGAAUUUAAUGUUUGGAAAAAGUUAAUAAGUUAUAGGUUGUUUAAAAAGGCAAUUUUUAACAUAAUUUUUUAGCCUAUUUUUACUUUUCAGCAAAGAAAAAAGUUAGUGAACUGAAAAAGAUCUUACUUUAAUUAAAGACAUAUUUCGAUCGAGUAACAGUCUGAAGCAGUUAAAUACUAUUAAAUAAAUCCACACAAAAAAAGGAUGGAUUUUUUUUUGUAAUUUGCAUGAAGUUUUUCUUGUCUAUCAAUGCCUUUAUUUAUUGUCUGUAUAUAUUAACAGUAUGCUGCUACAAAUGAAUGCUGCUUCCAUGUAGUAUAGUUAGGGGCUUGUUUAGUAAAGAUUUGGAUCCAUUAACAAACCCUGUGUAAAGAUAAUAAAUUAUUUUAAUGUUGUUAAAUUUUUAGUUAUUCAGUCAAAGUUUUUAUUUUUUAUUAAUACUUAUAAUUUUUAUGUAUAUAUAGUAGGAUAGGUCAUAUUAAUCAGGACUGGUUUUAUUCCUGAUAAUUUUUUUUUUUUUUUUUUUUUUUUUAAGAAAACAAUAUGGAAAAAAAAAGGUAUCUGAAAUGAAAUUUGCUUUCAAAAUAUUAAUUUUAAAACUGCAAGUACAAUGUUUUCAUUUGCAUAUUGUCCAAUAUCUUGGACAUGCUGUAGUUCCCAAUUAUUCAUUCAUAAAUCAUGGUAGUUUUAUUGUAUACACCCCGCAGUGUAUUCCAGAUUUCUAUUUUUAGUCACUUCUUUUGAAUUUUCUUACUAAAUCUUUAUUUCUCAUCAAAUAUUCCAGUGGUAACCUCCUCCCCUCACUAAAAAAGAUUGUUUAUUAUAGAAAUCUUAUUACCUAAAUAUGUAACAUACAUUUCUAUAACCAACAUGUCUACUAGUUACAAAAAAUUUCAUAAAAAUUCUACGAUAUUUGAAGAUUUUUUUACCUAAUAAAUUUUUAGGAUAUAAUCUCAUUAAUUGUUAAACAGCAAUGAGUUUUUUAAAAAAAAGUGGUAUAUAAGAGAUUUUUUUUUCUGAGAUAAGAGCUAAGUCAUCCAUUAUGUUCCUUUUCCUUUCAUGCAUUGUCAACAUUCAUUUUAAUAUUUUUGACUGUUUUGUUUCUUUCUGUUAGUUAUGUGCAAAAAUUCCUAGCUGGCUUUUAAAUGAGCACUCAGUUUGCAUUGAAUGUGUACAUAUCUAUGAGUAAAAAUGCUAAUUUAAGCUUUAGUAUUAGAAUUUUUUAAAAAAAAAAGUGAAGAAUUGCUUUUUACUUUUUUUCAAUUCUGAUUAUUGUAACAAAAAGAAAAUAUCUGCAUCUUUAAGGUCAUUUUGUACUUAAUAAAAUACUAAAAAUUUUAUUUUACUUAAAUUGAAUGAAUUAAAUUCUCUACGUUAAGAUAAUCGAAUCAUUGUUCUUCCAUUAAUUGAUUAAAAAAUGCUCAGGGGUGCAGGGUAUGUCUGAUCGUGGGAAUGAUUUUUGACUAUAAUUCACACAGCCAUGGGGAAAUAUUUGGUCGAACUAAUAAAUAUUACUACAUUGUAAAAAAAUUUUGCUUUAGAAAAUUUUUCCCUGCAAAAAUAAUAAAUAAAUUAUACGCCACUUUGAUUAUCUAUUUUGAUUUUUCUUAAAGUGAAGAGCUCUAAGUUUAGUUUUUUUAAAUCAUUACUUUUUCUAUGUACUUCGAUUUCUAUUAUUUUUAAAACAUAUUCUAGUAUAUUUAAGAAUUGUGUAAAAUUAAAUGAUUUUUUUUUUCUGUGUUAAGGAAAAGUUAUUGUAACUAAAGAAAGUGAUUUCAUUUUGGGGGAAAUUUCAAAUCCCCCCCCCC